AUGACAGGCGUCGAGGCGGGUCAAGACUGUUUGAGAGUGCUGGCGCUCCGGUGGCCCCCCUACACCUGGUGGGAGGCGGGGCAGUCAGCUGACGAGCUGGACGGUCUUAUGAGGAAGGUCAUGGACAUCUUGGCGACGCAUAUUGGCUUCUGUUGCGAGCAUGGUGUUGGUUCACCAGGAUUAAGAUUGUCUGGUAAGUUGAGUCUCGAGAAAGAGAGCUGGGGGAAGAUCCACCCCAACGGAAGCGUCACGGGAGCGCUCGGAAUGAUGCAGAACGGGGAGCUGGACAUGACCUUAGUGCCAAUAGGCAUGUCACUCAUACGGAGCAAGGUCAUGGAUUUCAGUGAAUAUAUACACAUGGACCAGCAGACUGUACUUUACAAACGGCCUUCUUUUGAAGCAGAUAUGGCUGGCUUUAUCAAACCGUAUUCUCCUGUGGUGCGUAAGGGACAUUUACUAGAUAAACUGUGGCUCCUUCUGUUCUUGAGUUCGCUGGUGAUGUGCGCCGCCUGGGCAACCGUGCACCUCGGCUACGAAAGGCUUCUGCGGCCACCUGGUGCAAGAUUGCAGAGGGCAUCUGAGAGGCUCUACAAAUCUGUCUUGUGGACUUACUCGUCUGCCAUCUUCCAAGCUGUUCCUUGGGAGCCACAGGAACUGGCACUGCGCACUUUAUCUGGCCUUUGGCUCAUCGCCGUCCUGAUCAUCGGCACCGUCUACCGUUCCAAUCUGAAGGCCAUGUUAAUUCUCCCAAAGGUCAGCCUCCCGUUCACCAACAUCGAGGAGUUCCUUGAGACGGACAUCCCCGUGCACAUCAUAGAGGGAAGCCUUUCCGAUGAAUUCACCAGGGGCGCUGCACCGAACUCCUCCCUGGGUCGCCUGCGCGAACGAGCGAGAGUGGACGGCAUCGUAGUCAAAGCCAUCGCCGAGGUGUUCGAUGGGACGCUCGCUGGCUUGUCUUCCUUCACCGGUCAACUCAAACUUAUAGAUGACUCCUUCUCUAAGGUGGUGAAGGGUGGGAGUACAGGCCAGUGUCGGGUCUAUAUGUCUACGGACGGUGUUCUGAGCGGCACGGCUGUCGCUAUGGGAUUUCGAAAAGGCUUUUAUCUGAAACCAAAGAUUGACCACAUGAUCCGGGGUCUCAGGGAGUUCGGCAUCAUCCAGCAUCUCUUUUACAACGAGAUGAUGAACGUCUCGAAGUGCCGGACGCCCACCCACUCUCCGGGGACCUCCUCCUUGCGCCCUCUCGAGCUCCAGGACUUCUAUGGGGUUUUCUCUCUCUAUGUGGGCGGAAUCGCUCUGGCAGUUAUCGCUUUCCUGUUCGAAAACGUGUGUAAGAAACAACACAGGACCGCAGGCGCCAUCUAG